GACUCUCACACACGACUUUUGGAAGAAGUCUUUUUUUUUUCUUCAAUUUCUUGAGAUGGACUUCAGUUGGAGAUUGAAUUUCGAAUGCUUUAAACGCAUCGGAAGUUUCGGAAAUUUUUUGGUUAUUUUAAAAAAAAAACUAUAUCGUGUGAAGACAGUUUGAACGAAGUGUAAAUAUAUAUAAUUAAGACAAUCUCGCUUUUUUUGAAUAUUUAAAAAAAAAAGAUCUAAGAGUUGUCUCGGUCAGUUUAGUGUGUUUGUCAGCAGCAUCUUGUGACUUUCACUUGAUUUUUUUUUAUAUUCGGUGAAUUUAAUUACGUUUAAUGUGAUUUUUAUUCACAAACAAUUGAUUGCCUGACUAAUCACACAGAUAUAUUAACUUUAAUUAUCUUAAAUGAUCAUUGUUUUAUUGUUUUAACAGCAACUGGAUUUACUUGUGGAUUAAUUGAAUUUAUUUAAAUGUGUACCUAAUAAUAUUGUGCAAUUAAAACUUAUAUGGAUUACUUGCUGUGAACAGUGUAUAAUGAUAAAAACGACACCAUCCAGUGUGUGUUAUGCGAUGGGAAAAUUAUUAGCUUGAGAAAAUUCAAUUAAAUUUAGUGACAUUACUGCACAUAGGAAAGAAAGCUCUACAAAAAAACUACAUUGCUUGUAAUUAAACUGAUUGCAAUCAGUUUGUGCAGUUGGAAGUAAAAGGAAGAAAGUUUCACAUACAUAAAAAAAAAUAAAGAAUUGAAAAAUGAGGAUUUUGUUUCUUGUUACGACUGCAAUUGCAUUUAUUAUUGUUGUCAAUGCCGAUGACAAAGUGUCGAAGAAUGCGACAAAGGCUGACACAAUAAAGACAAAAGACACACGUGGAAAGAGGAAUUUAAAUUUAUUUGGAAAUUUUGAUAACAACAGCAACAGACGAAACUAUAAUUAUCAACCGAAUGGAUAUAAUUACGAACCCAGUAAUUUUAUUGGAGGAGGAUCAGCACCAGAUCGUCAUCAUCUUCACCAUCAUCAAUAUCCAGAGCCACCAGAGCCUAUUAUUGAGAUUAUAAUUCAAGAUAGUAACGAUACAUUGCCUGAGCCUCAACCAUUGAUUCAGUCGAAUGGAAAGAAAAAGAAGGAACAAGUGCAAGUGUUUUAUGUCAAAUAUCAUAAAGAUGAGAAGAAUGGAUUAGUUAUUCAUGAUCCCGUCGCUGCACUUUCGCCAGCAGGGCAUGAACAAAAUGAGCAUGAAGACGAUAUUCAUGAUGAGCCGAUUAUCGUUACGCCACUUCCAAAUAUUCCAAGAAAAUCAACAACGUUACGUACGAUUAUAAGACCAGAAAGUGAACAGUACGAGAGCAAUAGUGGCGUUCAUGUAACAUUCAAUCAUCCACAUAAUCAUAACAGCAAGUCGGAUAAUAAUAUUAUUCAUGAUGAAGAUAAACUUGAAAGUGCCAUACAGCCAGUGGUCCAAUUACCUCAAAACCGAAUUGGUCCAUUACAAGUAGCUCCAUUAGAGAGACCGUCACAGCAUGUGUUUCCUUCAAUUGUUAAUCAGGGACGUGUUGUAAAUUCACCACCUUCUCAUUCAAACGGAAAUUUCCAUCAUCCACCGCAACAAUUAGUCCAACCUCUCCCUCAUCAAAGACCAGCACUUGAAUUCAAUCCACAAAAUAAUUUUGUAUCACAUCCGCAACAAGGAGUUUUAAAUAAUCAAUUAUCACUUCCUAGUCAUGAGCCAUCAAAACCAUUCCAUCCACAAUUCCAUCAAGCACCAAAUCAUCACCAUCAGCAACAGCAACAUCGUCCACAAGGACCUCCUGUAAUUCCAAUAAAUCAUCAACAACAGUUUAAUAAUCAGCAAUUGGGACAUCAGCAGUUUAAUCAGCCUCCUCAACGAAUCCCACAACCUGGUCCAAUUGGUGCUCCAAAUUCUCAGCAUCAAACAGUCUUAAAACCUCCUCAAAGACCUGCUAUACCUGGAAAUUUCAAUCAGAAUCAAAAACCUUUCAAUUAUCAUGCGUUCCCAACUCAACCUCAACAAACUCGAUUCCCGCCAAAUCAGCAAAAUCAUAACCCACCUCAAUUCCAGCAAAACCAGCCACAGUUUCAACAAAAUCAGCCUCAAUUCCAACAGAAUCCAAAUAUUCAGCAUCAUCAAGGACCACCUCAAAGACCUCCCCAACAUUUAGGACCAAGACCUAAUGGAAUUCCUCCCCCUCCUCCUCAAUCUAAUAUCCAUAACCCAUCUCAACAAUUAUUGCCUUUUAAUCGUCCACCAGUUCAAUUCAAUGCACCACAAUUCCCACAACAGCAGUUGCCGUUACAUCAACCACCACAGAACUUCAAACCAGAACAAACUCGGCCUCAAGUUCACCAUUCUCAGCCAUUACAUCAACAUAAUCAAUUUGCAGCUCAACAAAAUGCCGCAGUUCAACAUAAUAUCCAUCAGCAGCAACAAUCACAUAAUCCAAAUGUCUUCCAAGGCGGUUUAGUGGAACAAGCAGCUCCAAACUUAUCACAAUCACGUCCACACUUCAAUCAGCCACAAUUCCAGACACAGGAUGAUGUUCAAUUCCACCAGCAACAAAAUAAGUUUAUUCAAUCAGCAUUUGGAGCUACAGAUGUUCAAGUUUCAUCAUCAGUGCCGAAAUAUGAACAUCACAUAACAGAAACUGUCAAUCCACCUGUUUUCUUCCACUCAAAAGCUGUAGACAUGGAAAAAAUAAAUGCUGAGAAAAAUAUCGGACCCUUAGCCGGAAACAUUGGACAUUUACAAGUCACGCAACAACCGAAACUUAUUGCAGCAGAGCAACAUCAUAGAUUUAAUGUAAAUCCACAGGGUAGUGUGUCAAAUCACUUUUCUCAAGUCUUUCAACAAUCAAAUAAUAACCAGCAACAAUAUCAAUCUGUAAACUAUGUCAAUCUUGAUCCAAGAAAUAACUUUUCACCUGAACAUCGUGCACAACCAGCCAUUAAACCUACAACAACUAUUAGACCUACAACAACUCAACAAACAACGACUGAGCGUUCAACGACAACUAAAAAGCCAUCAGCAUACUUUGACUUACCUGAUGAAAUUCCAGAUGAUUUGAGAAAGCAACUUGAAGAGUCCGGUGUACUUGAAAAUGCUCAAAUAUCAAUCUUAGACUAUGAUAAAAUUGGCGAAACACCAUUACAAGAUUUGCCACCAGAGCACUUAGCUAAUUUCUUCAGUGCCGGAGGUGGCGCACAAAUCGGAGCUUCAAAUAAAGUCAUUUCAGUGUUAAAGCCUAACGGUGAAAGUGUUGAUGAUAAAAUUGAGGCAUUACAAGGUAAUAAGGAUGUAGCAAAAUUAUUAAGCAAUGCAGGCAAACUCCCAUCAAAGAAAGAAGAUGUUAAUUUGAAAGUUGUAACAUACGAUGCACAGUCAAAUGUCGAGAAAUAUGUUCAGAAAGACGCAAUGAUUCUUCCAACGAUGAACAUAAAACAAAAUUUCAGCCGUUAUUUGCCAAUCAAAAUUAAUGGAGCUCAUUUCCCGAUUCCCGAUGUCGAGGAAUUGAGAGGAAAGAAGAUUUCGAGUGUUGUAGUUUUAGCGCCAGUUUCACAAGACAAUGAAGAGAUUCGAUUCGAACGUAAUGUUUUAGAAAAUAAGCACAUAAAGUUUCUAAGUGGAGAUAUCUUCAAAAAUGUAAUUAAGAAGCCAUCGUCGGAGAAUUUCAAGAAAUGGCUUGAAAAGGAACAAAAAUCCAAUCCGGAUUCACAAAGCGUCGUUUUGCUAGUUACAAAAGAUAGCACAACGAACGAGCAGCAAAUCUUUAUGUAUGAUAUUCCAACAAAAUCUGUAAAUCGAUUAAGUGGCGAGCUUUCAUCGAAAUUCGUUGAUGUUGCUGAAGACAAUGCUAAUGCAGAGGAUGCAAAUGGAAGUUUAAUAACUGAACAAAUUGAUAGAAUUGAUGAAAAUAUUGAGGAUGAUGAGUAUGAUUCUGAACCAGAGCCCUCAAAUAUUGAAGAAUCUGUAGCUAGUCUAGACGAUGAGUCGCCAGUAGAGGAAGAAAAUAAAGUUCUCAUAAGUUCUGGAUAUAGCGUGAUUAAGAAUGAGUGAGUCAUAUUGGACAAAUGUGUUUAGGAAUCAAAUAACAGACCUUUGUAAAUAAUUUUCUCAAUUGCUGCAUUUUCUCAAUUUCGUUGAUGAAAUGAAUGUUAUUUUAUAAAUACUAUUCAGUUAAUGAAUUUAAACGGUACAUUGAAAUUGUGAUGUAAAUCCGUUUUGACACAAAAUUAUUUAUAUAAAAUUGAAUUUAAUUUUUAAUUAAUAAAUUUUCAAUUGUUCACUUUUGACAUAUUUUUUUUUACUUUUGUACGACGAAGUGUGCUUACUAGUGUCAGAUUUCAUGUUGCUGUUGUGUUAAUCUUACUUACCCAUAUUUUUUUACCUUCUUAUAAUUUUAAAUUAAUUAUAAAUGCAAGUUCAACACUGUUGAAUAAAGAAAAAAAAUAUUGUUGAAAUAAAAAUUUCCAUUUAAUGAAAAAUGUGAAAGUAAAUUGUUAACGAACGUGAUAUUAAUAUUUGAUAAAACUUUUUUCUUUUAUAGUUUUUUUCGUCAAGACAUUUAUUUUUCUUGUACCUAUCUCUUCAUCAAGGUAUCUCGUUCCAUAAUCAAUAUAGUGAAAAAAUAUUUUUAUUAAAAACUAAUAGUCUUCUUCUUAGAAAAUGAAAAAUCACUUAAAAUAAAGUGGAAAUUAUGUUUUGGAAUGCAUUUUAGUGUCACAACGUGAUUCGUUAAAUUAUCAAAUGAACAAUAACUCUAAUUAACCUAAUUUUAUAAUAUCUUUAAAUUUAAAAAAACACAUAGUUUCUUGAUUCUUCUACAAAACAAUUUUAACUUUGGCGAUUUCGUUCCACUAGCUAGGACAUCUUCUAUAAAUUUAAUUAUUUGUUUGGAAUUAUUGAAUAAUGUCUACUUAGUAUUUUUAUGUAAUUAUUCUUUGAAUGUCUCUUGAGAACAAAAUUUGCAAUAUUAAUGUUUCUAAUAGCUGAUGUUAUUUUCGAAGAAAAACGUAAACAUUCUAGGUUAUUUUUGUUGAAAAAUCUUAAAUGUUAACUUGGACCUAGAUUUAUCUGAAGCUAGGAAUUUAUUUACAUAUUGAUUGAGAAUAUCAAAUAAACUGUGUCAAGAUUCUCCAAUAAUAAGUUAAAUUUAAAGCAGAGAGUGAAGUUGAUUUGGAUUUUGUAAUAAGCUUAGUCGGUUUUAGUAGAUUGUAAUACUAAUAUUCAAUGUAUUUCUAAUAAUUAAAUUAAGGUUUUUGAAUGAUUAAAUCUAAAUUAUCAGAUCAGAUAUUAGAAUAUGCAUUUCAACUGUGUAUUUUGUUCUAAAGAGACAUUUCUAGUUGCUAAUAAGAAGCAAGAAUUAUUUAAAUUCACAUUAAGCUCAAAAAAUUAUUUUCAAGCAAAACUUUCAAUGUGUCAACGAAAAGGUAAAUUCAUAGCGCUAAUAUUUCUAAGAAAAUAAAAGCCUUAACAAAUGAAAGUCACGGACAAUUUCAAUCAUUUCUGGAUCUUUUUAGAUAUAUUGUGAUGAUAUGGUUAUGAGUUAUUUCUAUCUAUAAAAAUAAUUUCUAGACAUUUAAAAUAGUUUGGGUAAAUUCUGUUGUUCUGAGCAAAGCAUGGUGUAUUUUAAAAUCACUUCCAGUUAUUUGGGUAUUGAGAUCCAAAAAUGAGUAAAAUGCCAAUUAUCAAGUGCUUUGUUUUCUUAGAAUUUCUAGGUAUUAAGAAAUAAUUUUGGCAAGAACAGCUAAUUUAGAAAAGAACAAUAGAUUGAUCGCGUUCCAACUUUCUCUUGGCUUGAGAAAUUAUGGUGAAUUCUGAAGGUGCUAAAAAGCCACUUUGUUGUUUAGCUGGAUGUUGAUAAAACACUUCAAGACCACCGGAAUUGUGACCAUAUAUUAAUGAAUCAUUAGUUCUGACAAUAACGUCAGAGAUAUUUUUAUUUGCUGUAAAGUUGUCAUGUAUUAAUAUUGCAGUUUGUUGAUCAUACGUUCCGCUGCGUUGUAAGACAUUCCAAGUAUGAUCAAAUGUCAUGAAUGAAUAUUCACUUGCCUUUAAAUCCACAGUCACGUUAAUAACUUCAUUCAAUUUUGACUCCAAACGAGUUAAUCGAUUGAGGCAAACUUCAAACAUUUGCUGAACCAUUAACUCAUCACACAAAUUCUCAUCAGCAAUCACCAUUAAUGUCAUAUUUUGAUGUCCGAUUACCAACAAAUCCACACGUUUCAUUUCAUUUGACUGUUCAUUAACAUCAUCAACUGUAUUAUCUUCAUGUUUCUCUUCAUCAACUUUAGACAAACGAUUAAAUAAAGUACGAUUUGUGUUAUCGGUUGGUGUAUCAUAAUAAGUUGGAGUUGGUAAAUCAAAGCUCGAAAAUCCACUGGAGAAAUUUUCAUUUUCACUCAUGGCCAAGAGUGUUAAUUUUGACAUUAAUGGUGUAAGUUGUAAACCACCCAUGUUCUUCUUUGUCUUUGUGGAUGGCGAAUCGAAAAUUGAUGUGUUUUCUGCUGCUGCUGCUUUACUUGUUGACGGCUUUCCGGGAUCGGAGAGAUCUAAUGAACAUGACUUAAUUGGCAAUUUUAAUAAUUUCUUCUUUUGAUUCCGCAUAAUCCUAUUUGGACUGUUUUUAAUAUCCGAUCUUUUCAUAAUCAUUGGAUCAGCUUCGAAAAUCUUUUGUGGUAAGCUCUUUAAUUUCAUUAAAUUUUUCUCUUCAAUUGGAAGUGGCUUGAGUUCGUUGACAUUCGGAUUAUGUAAAGAUUGAAAAUCAUCAAAAAGAGUCUUUGACAUUGGCAUCUUUUUAUCACUAAAUAUUGGAUAAAUUGGAUCUGUUAUUGUAUCAUAGACUUUAUAUGAACUACUAUUUUCAUCAUCAUUAAUUCUUAAAUCAUCCCAUGACUUCUUCUUCCACUGUAGCUGACUCUUAAAUGGAUUGUGUGCAAAAGCUAUGUAAACAUUUUCCCAUUCUUUUGGUAUUUCUCUUGACUUUUCUUUAACGAGUGGCUUAAUUUCACUCGCAUUAACCUCACCGAAUAAAGCUGCUUGAGUAGUUUCUAUUGAUUUAGCAAAUAUUGACUGAAUUGGUCCAGCAAGAAUCUUAUUCUCAGUCAUCGGAGUACUUGCAAUGCUUGCUUUUCCAAUAAAGUCUGGAUAUGAGUCUGACUCAUCAAAUGAAACAAUCGAUGCUAUGCCUGAUUCUGGUGGAAUUGUUUUAAACUUUAAUGGUAAAUGAUUCGGUCUAUUUGUUCGAAUCUUUUCAACUGGUGAUGGGAUCUCAAUUAAGACUUCUUCUUCUGGAAUGUUUGAAAAGAUUAACGAUUUAUCUCGUUUCAUUAAUGUUGAUGAUUCUUUGUUUUUCUUUUUAAUCGAGAAUGGCAAUGGCAAAGUGUUUUGAACGCCUAAUGAUGUAGCUUCACUCAUUUUAUUCUUCUUUUGCUGCAAUCUAUGAUAUUCAUUAACAGAAAUGUAAACUUUAAUGAUUUGAGAACCGAAAGGAAUGUGAAAAUCGAUAUUUUUAGCGACUUCAGCUGUAGUUUUAAUUCUGACUGGAUCUGUUGCAACGAGAAUCUUUGUGAGAUCAAUAGACAAUUGAGUGGAUAUUACUUUGUUAUUAUAUAAAAUACAUCCACCUAAGAUAUUUGGUUUGCAUGCUGCAUUUUCCAGUAUCUGAGUUGCAUCAAGGAACAAAUUGCUCGUACUUUUUGGCAAGUACAGUUUAUAUAUAUUUUGUAAUAGAUUACUAUUAUAUUGAAGUACGGGUAAGUAAGUUUCAAAUAUAUGAUAAAGUUUGUCUGAGAAAUUCUUUGGAUCACUAAAAUGUUCAAAAAUAUCAUUGAUAUCAUUAUGGUAUAGUCUUAGAAUUUUCGUCAUUAAUUCAGCUCGAUGAUUAAGCAAUGAUUCCUGAAUAUUUCGGUCUGUUCCAAGUGCCAAUAUGAAUCGUCCAAAUUGCUCAAUUCUAAACUUGCCAUUCUGCAAGCUUAUACAAUUCACUUCCUCAAAAUCUGAACAGAAAUUCAGCAUUCCAACGAGUUGUCCACAUAAUGCCAUUUUUUGCUGCUCAGAAACCCAAGAUGGAUGGAAGUACUUAAUCGCUUUCAAUGGAUCAUCCUCUAUUAAAUAA